AUGGUGGUCUGCGCCAAAUACAAAACCAAGGGACUCGUUUGUGGGGCUGAAUUUCCAACAAAAGAAGAACUUGACCAACAUGAUAUCAACCAACAUCAAUAUGUGUAUUGUCAGUUUAAAUACUGCAAAUUUAUGUUAAGAGGACGCACCACAAAGACACGUCAACGGAUGGACAGGCAUGAGCGCAAUCACGCUGAGAAGAGGAAACACUUUCCAAAUGGACAUAAAGAUAUCCAAUCACCUUUAGUUACUCUAAAACAACUGCCAAAACCAUUGAUGGCUAUAACCGUUCCACCCCAAAUCUCUGCCUCCACAACAUCAGUGUCCAAGAAUUUCACCUCUGUGUCCCCUUGGACAAAGAGCACUCUGCCCAUUACUUGUCCUGAUAAGAUCUUGGACUCUGAUCAAGAAACUGAGAUUUAUGAACAUGACCAGAUGAGUUUAGGUGAACUCCGAGGAAGGAUUACAGCCAUCCGAGCCAAAAGUUCAACAACGUACAAGCGGAAAUUGAGGGAGAUAUCAUCGUCUGACUCGGACACUGGCUCCGACAGUGAUACUGAGAAGAAAGGGGAGCAGGUUGAGUCACGCAACGCUUCACCUGUGCGAUCCCCUAGCUCAGACACAGAAUCAUGUAAAUUGGACAAUGAAUCGUCAACACCUGCCACAGAACAGCCAUCGGGCGUACUCUCAGUAACUGAAAGUGUCCAGGACCAUAUGCCACCAUCAUCUCCAGAAGUAUUGAGGCCUGAAUCUCCAAAUAUGGACAUUAUAAUACAAUCUAAACCACUUGAUUUGUCUAUGAAACGACCAACACCAAAGAAGAAAACCAAAGUCAGUUACAAACAACCGUGUCAAUGUGGAAAAUCUAUUCAAUACAUAACUAUUAACAUUGGCAAGUGACUGUAUUGUGUAUUUGAGCCCCUGCUUCUUCCAAGAAUACCAUAGGGGCCAUGUGUUUUAUUUAUUGACAUUUCUGAACCAUCUAGAAAACAGUCCAAU